AUGUCUGCGGAUCACUCAGCCUCACUGGCCGGGACUCACGGCCUCCUACGCGGCCAACGCACCCGGUCCUACGGCAGCCUGGUGUCCUCUUCAUUAUCACCCGUUAGACAAAGACGAAUUGAGCAUAAAGUCCAGCCCGGUGAGACCUUGCAAGGACUAUCACUGAAAUAUGGCGUGUCUAUGGAGCAAAUCAAAAGGGCAAACAGACUAUACACAAAUGAUUCAAUAUUCCUGAAGGAGUCCCUCUUCAUCCCCGUGCUGACAGAGUCUGUGUCUUUCACAAAUGGAGUGGAAUUGACCGAGGACGAGACAGAUCCAACACAAAUACACACUGAGAUUUCUAAUGAGAUCCCCAAAAGCCAAGUAGACUCUAGAUGUGAAGAGAAUGCUGAUCUGUCACCAGUGGAAUACCUGAAAAAGAUGGACAGCUUGAUCAGUCAGUCCAAACAAGCAGCUGUGAAGACCUGCCAGGAGGGAGAGAAACAGUUGUCAUCUACGGAACAACUCCAUCACAGCAAUCUGACGUCUGACCGAGCAUCCUCCCAGCAGGCCAUUUUGGGAGCAGUUCCCAUCACAAUCACCAGACGGACCAGGAAUUUGAGGGAUAGGGAGGAUGAGAUUUUCCAGCUGUGAUGUAGGCAUGUAUUAGGACUCCUCUGACUGUUUUCCGUCUUAAAAGUUGAUUGUUUUAGAGGGCUCCUUAAUUGGGUUUCAUGUCUUUAUAAUGUGGAGAUUGCUGGUGUGAAUUGCAAUAGUUCUUUCAUAAAACUACUUCCAGGUUUAGACGCACAUUAGCACUGUAAAUGCUUGAUGCCUAAAAGUAAUAAUGUGAAUUAUAAUUCUGCUGUAUUUCAUAUGACCAUAACCAAAGUAAUGACACAUAGAUGUGUGUGACAUAGAUGACUGCAUUUAAAUGCAAGAACUAAUUAGGAAUCUAGCUAGAAAAAAUAAUGCACUUGCUAAUUAAUAUUGAUUUUAAUACUACCUCACAAAUACUUGAUAGAAAUACUUUUAUAGUUAUAGAAAACUGAAAAGUAUAUGCUCUGGGAAUGUGCCACUGGACAUCUUUCAGAUAGUUUCCUGUCAAACGUGUGAACACAAUGCAUGGUUUUGCGCUGCUUGCACAUGCUUGGCUUGGUGUUUUUCUGUUUGGUUUACGUAGUGCUAAAGUGUCUAAUGGCCUUUGUGGUUACCAAAACAUGAUAAAGACUUUGAUAAAGAAGUCUUGUUUCCUGGACUGGUUCGUGUUUUGCAUCAGUGAUAUGAAUGGAGCAAUCCAAUGCACAAAUUAAAUGCCAUAAAUGCAUACAGAUAUUGGUCUUUUAACUUUGAAAUCUUGAGUGAUAAUCAUUGGCAAAGAGUAAAAAAAAAGAUGAACUAAGUUGCAACAUGGAACUAAAACAUGUAUUGUGUUUCGACACAACUGAAUUGCACUAAUAGAUUCCUUCAAUCAAGUGCAUUUCUAACCUGGAAUAAAUGAAUUGCACGUUCAUACAAAGCAUUAGGGUUUGCAUUAUGUACAUGAAUGUUCUCCAGACGACAAAAUAUAAUCUUUUUGCUUUUGUAAGCUAUUUCUUGUCAUAAAUACAAGUUAUUUAUAGACAUUAAACGCAAUGUCAAAUUAGCCUAAUGCAAAUACAUGGCUUACUGUAAAAACCGUAAUAUGGUGUAGUAUUACACAUUUAAAAUAAAUGUUUUCUAUUUUAAUAUUUUAAAAUGUAAUUCAUUCCUGCGAUUACAAUUCUUCAGUGUCACAUGAUUCUCAGAAAUCAUUCUAAUAUGCUGAUUUAGUGCAUUGUCAUAACAUUUCGUAUUGAUGUCGAAAACCUUAUAUUUUUAUGGAAACCAUGAUACAUUGUUCAGGAUUUUUAACAUAAAGCUUAAUAGAACAGCAUUUAUUUGAAAACAAAUUUUUCUCACUGAUCAAUUUAACAUGCCCUUACUGAAAGUAUUAAAAACAAAUCUUACUGAUCCAGUGUUGCAACACUGUAAGCAAAUUACAUAAGGGCUGUAAGGAAAUAUUUAUUUAGUGAUUGUUCCCUUUUAGAACAACAGAUUCCCCUCAGGGCUGUUCAUGUCAAAAUAUAGUUGUUGACUGUGUAGUGCCAAGCUUAGAUUUGUAUCAUAGCCAUAAUCAUAGGGUAACACUAGAUGGCAGUGUAAAAAGAAUGCCUUUAGUAAAUAAACGAGUUUGUGUUUU